CCAGAAUUAAAUAGAUCAGUAGGUCAGUUCUAAGUAUUCUACACCUAACAAACUUGAGCUCAGCUGUAAGAUGAUGAAGUUAAUUAUGUGUCUCCAAUUUAUAUUUUUAAAAUCAAUUUCACUUACGUCUUAUUGAUUGAAUAUUAUUUUCACCUUUGUUCAAGAUGUUGAUUAUUAUAAUCCUAAAAAUGCAACACCCCAUUCUCAAUUUGGACAAAAUAACUUUGGCUAUAAAAUUACUAUGAAAGCUUCAAAGGUUAAUAAGCACGAAUAAUUUUCCUUUGUCUCCUUUAGUUUGGGAUAUGGGCAGAUCAGCUCGGGGACGGAAGAACCCACCUUAUUGGAAUUUACAUGAACAGAAAUGGUGAUGGCAGAGCUGUACUUCGUUCCUCAGUGAGAGAAUUUUUAUGCAGCGAGGCUAUGCACUCUCUUGGAAUUCCAACUAGCAGAGCUUCAAGUCUAAUUGUGAGUGAUGAUGAGGUAUGGAGAGAUCAGUUCUACAAUGGAAACAUUACGAAAGAACGAGGUGCAGUAGUGCUGCGUGUUGCAAAAUCAUGGUUUAGAAUUGGAUCGUUAGAAAUUUUGGCUCAGUAUGGUGAAUGGGAUUUACUAAGGACAUUAUUAGACUUCAUCAUACAGGAGCAUUUCCCCUCCGUAAAGGUCACAGUACCUAACAGAUACGUGGACUUUUUCUCUGUUGUGGUAUCAGAGACGGCACAACUCAUUGCCUUGUGGAUGUCUGUUGGUUUUGCUCAUGGUGUUUGUAAUACUGAUAACUUCAGUUUGUUAUCCAUUACAAUUGACUAUGGCCCAUUUGGUUUUAUGGAAGCCUAUAACCCAGAUUUUGUCCCAAACACAUCUGAUGAUGAAAGAAGAUGUAAAAUAGGAAAUCAGGCCAAUAUUGGGAUGUUUAAUUUAAACAAGUUGUUGCAAGCUUUAAACCCAUUACUGGAUCCUAGGCAAAAGCAACUAUUUAGAGAAUUGUUCAAAGCCAAACUGGGGUUACUUGGGGAAAGGAAGGAUGAUGAUGAUUUAAUUGCAGUUCUAUUACAUCUCAUGGAAAAGACAGAAGCUGAUUUUACAAUGACAUUUCGGCAGCUCAGUGAGAUUACUCAAAGCCAGUUAGAGGAGCUCAGCAUUCCCCAGCAAUUCUGGGCACUGAAGAUGAUUUCAAAGCACAAGUUUUUUCCUGCCUGGGUGUCGCAGUACCUUUUGAGGCUGAAGAGGUAAGAUGAUCUAACCACUU